UAUUCGAACGCAGACAGAUGCGACUCGCACGUUGCCCAUAGAGGCGCGUAUCCUGUGCUGGCGUCGUCGGGCGCACUGACGCGCAGUCGCGCGCUGGCGGAGUUUGCGCUCCAGUGUCGGUUUCUUAAUACCGGCGACAACUGCGCUGGGGCUGUAACUGUGCAUUCCAGUGUUUUGCGUGGAUUCGUGCGUCCCUAGUGCGCGGAUCGACCGCACGUGCGUGGUGGUUCCGAGGAGUGCGUGUGUUUGUUUACGUUACGGCGUCAUGCGAGCUUGACUUCGCUGGGCGCUCGAGGAGCGCUUUCGCCUGCAUCUGCACGUCUUCAUUUCCGAUUGUGGAUAACCCUUUUUUUCUUCUUCGUCGUCGUGUUCACGGCGAGAAGCGACGGCGGUGUUUGUGCAGUGAUUCGCAGCAGCGGCCGAGUGCGCGCGCUUGUUGCUAAGGGUGGUCGACCGACCGACGUCGUCUGCUACGAGCUGUCAACGGCGGCGUUGUUUGUCGUCUGCUCGCAGGCCGUCGGCGGCGUAGAGGUGUGAUUCGCGUCGUGUAGUCAGUCGUUCGCUGUGGAAUUGUGAAGUGACAAACAAGUCGCGGCCUACACUUAAAAGUAAAGAAUGCGCGGUAACUUCGGAGAGGUUUCGCCUUUCGUGUCAAUCCGUGUUCGCCUGAGGAUUACAAUGCCCAUCGUGACCGCUCUUCGGUGCCCAGACCACGACGUCGACUGAGGUUUGCCCGUUCAUCGCAGCUCAACGGUUUCCCGCGGCUGCCGCGAGAGGCCGGUGUCCGCGCCAGCGUCGUCGUGCAUGCGGCGCCAGCCCGACUGCGGUGCUGCGACGGCGGCGCUGUCGGCGCCUGCGUCCCGCCGGGCGGGCGGCCCUAACCUCGGCCCCGGGUCGAUGCUAGCGGCGCUGUCGUGCCGGGGGCCCGAGAGUAAGGCUCCCUCCUCGAGCCCCUUGGCCGCCGGAGCUGCCGGGCCGCCGAGCCUGGCCGGCGGGCUUACCCCCAUGGCGCACCACCCGCCCGCGGAAGAGCGCCUGCUGCCCAACGGGAACGUGUGCCACUUCGCCGGCUGCGGAUGUGCCGACGGCGUGUCGGGCGAGAUCCGCGCGGCGCUCAAGGAGUGCGUCUCCAACAUGCGCCAGCAACAGCAGAUGCAGCAGCAGCAGCAGCAGGAGCACAGGAUUCACCAACCGCAGCAGCACCACGGCCACCAGUCGCAGCAGCAGCAGUCCGGCGGUCAGUGCGGCUGCCCCGUGCUCCUGCGCGGCGCCUGCGAGCACCAGGCCCGUCCGGCGGCGUCGUCGGCGAGCAACAACGCCGCUCCGCCGCCGGCGCCCCUCAAGUCGCUGCUCAAGCGGGCCUCGACCACCCGUCCGCGGCGGGGCUCGCGCGUCCGCUUCAGCGACACGCUGACCGUCUUCUCGGAGGACUACCCGGAGGCGCAGCUGUACGUGAUCCGGACAGCCGAUCUGACGUACGCCGAGGUGUGCGCCAUGUACGAGCCGCCGCCCGAGUACCGGGACCUGCCGCCGUUCGAGCCGCCCGACGGCUACCGGGACGACGCGUACCUGCUGCCCUUCCUCAAGGAGGCCCGCGCGGCCGCGGCCGCGGCGCGGGCGGCAGCCGCCGCGGCAGCCGCGUCGCAGCAGGCAACGCAGGCCGGCAUCCCGGCAGCAUCGGCUCAGGUGGGUGCGCAACAGCAGCAGCAGCAACCAUCACCGCAGCAACAGCAUCAGCAGCAUCAGCAGGGCACCACGCCGCAUGCUCCAACCGCGCCUGUCCAGAUCAGGGUAGUCGAGCGGCCGCCGCCUCCGCCACCACCACCGAGAACGACGCCCGUGGCGACUGGCCCAGCGGUGGUCGGCGGCGGCGCGGAGGACCGCGGAGGCGGCAAGGUCGAGGACGAGACGCAGCUGCCUCCGCCUCCGACGGCCGAGAUACUGGAGGACCUGGCCAAGAAGGCGGCUCUCGAGGAAGCUCAGCGGAAGGGGGAAAAAGACGCCGGCACCCAGAAACGUGGCGAAGAGAUCAGGAUCGAUCAGGAACGGCCGCCGGCAGCCGACGGGAAGACUACGACAGCCGUGGUAAUCGUGUCGUCCGACGGCGGCGGCGGCAGGACGACGCCCGAGGACAACGACGUGAGGAAGGUGAUCGUGGUCGACGAGGAGGAUGAUGACGUCAAGCGCCGGGAAGAGUCGUCGCCCGUGUUGCCCGAGGACGAGGACGACGCCAUCCUGUUGGAGUUGAAGAAGCAGCUCGAGUGCAACUCGAGCGGCGACAUCGAGGCCGACCUGGCCGAGCUCCUCCCGCCGGGCCUCAUCGUGGACGACGUCUCGAGGAAAACGGUGGACGACGUCAACGACCUCAAGGUGAGCCGUCAUCGGCCGACGGUGGAAGUGCGACCGCUGAGCUUCAGGCAACCGGUGCCGGUGGCGGCGACGACGCCGGCGUCGCCGGCCGCCACGACUCCGUCGACAGCGAGCUCGACGCCCGACGAACGCCAGGAAGACAGCGAUUCGAGCGCCGACUCCCAGGAUACCAUCAUCCUCAUGACGAACGAGGAGGAGAAGAAAGCGGAAGAGGCGAACGAACACCGCAGCGCCGGCGGGUUCCGGCACAAGCUGCUCAUCAUCGGCGACAAGAGUCCGUCAGACACGAGCUCGGUGUCUAGCUCGGCGUCGCAGGACAGUGACGGCUCGUUGCGCUCCUCCGAGUCGACCACCAACAGCGAGGACCGGACGGAGUCGCCCACGGGCUCCUCCGGCAGCAGCAGCGGUGGCGGUGGCGGAGGCCGCGGUCACGUCGUCGAAGACGACAUCUACAACGACGACCUCGACGCCCUGCUCGAGUACGGUCCGCACUCGAACCUGCAGGUGCGGCGAACCAUCGAGCGGACCGCGAUGCGCCGCAGCCUCACCCGUGUCACGGACGUCCGCAAGAGGACGCCCACCAACCUGGCCAAGUCGCCGACGUCGAGCAACGACGUGUCGCUCGUCGAGAAACUGCGGUGGCUCACGUCGCUCGACGACGACGACGAUGACGGAUGCAGCGACGACUCCGAGGCAGCGGCCGACCACCACCACCACCACCAUCACCACCAGGGACCGCCCCCGCCUCCGCCGGUGGCGCGGAGGCCUCCGCCGGACCCGGGCUUCGUGCAGGACGCCGGCCGGCUACUGCCCGGUUACCCUCGCGGGGGCCUCAACGGAGCUUUCCAGCCGCGACCGGCCUCGUUCUCGCAGCUGAGCGACGCCUGCCGGGGAUCCCUGACCAUGCUGCCGGUCGCGGCCCGGGACUACCGCAUGGUCCGGCGCGUUCCGGGCGAGAACCACCCGCAACAAAACACCGGUGCCGCUAGCCAACGGGGGCAGCCACCGCCUCCGCCCGUGCGACGACCCGCUCCCCAAGGGAGCGGCGGCGUCGUCAGCGUCGGCAACAAUGCCAAGGACGCGCCUCCUGACGAGCUGGAACGCUUCGUCCAGCAGGACAUGGAGCGCACGGAACGCAUCCGCAAGCGGUACAGCCUUAGCGAAGAGGACGAAGACCCGUCGUUCGGGUUCGCCAGGAGACCGUCCGUGCGCGGCAUCCGGGCGCGGUUCGGCUCGAGCGCCGAGAUCAUGAAGGACGUGCAGCAGAUGAUGCAGAACCACCCGGCCAUGAACAUGCCGGGCAGCCACCUGUCGUGGUCGCACCCCGUCGAGCUGCCGCCGCCCAACCACAAGACGCCGCAGCAGGUCAAGGUGAUGCUGCUGCCUCGCGUCGCCGAGGAGGACACCGGCCGCAACUACGGCUCGGCCGGGGACAUAGCGACGCUGACGCGGUCGCGGCGCACCUUCCAACCGGCGCCCUCGCCCGUGCCUCCACCGCCCUCGUCGUCGUCCCUAUCGGCGGGCAAGGACGAGCGGGGAGUGCCCGAAGGUGCCUGCUCGUCGCCCAAGGUGUCGUCCGAGCCGGGCUACCAGGGACAGCAGCAGCCAAAGAGCGGGAUCGUUCCCGCGCCUCCGCCGGGGGUGCCUCCUUCCAUGGCGUCCGCCGGUUCGGAAGCAACGCCGCAGCCACCUCCUCCUCAGGGUGUUGUGUACUACUCCCUCAACGUCUGACCCACCGCCAACACACCGACCGAGGUGCGCAAAACACACAACUGACACUCGAAGUGAAGAGACGAAGCAAAAGGGUUUCUUCUUCUUCUUCGCGAGUCGCCUCAUCAACUCUUCGUCAUUGCCUCACGAGCGAACUCGCUGGUCGGAGUUCCGCUGCCCUAUAUAGGUGCACACCAUCGACAAACUGGAGGAGGCGUUGGAGAGGAACGCAACCGGUGACAGAGAGAGAACGGACAGCUAGCAAAACGGAGAAACAAAACAAAACAGGGACCUGCGGUGGUGCGGUGCAAAUACUUUUUUUUUCUGCGCUGUGCGCGUUUUCUUGUGUGUGCCUGUUUUGUGAGUGCGCGCGCGUGACGGCGUGUGUGUCUGUGUGUGAUGUGUCCGUGGCAAAACGGCCGAUCCUCCUCCUCCCGGCGCAGCCGAGUUGGGAGGGGUCGACAUCUUCCUCUCGAGUCCUCCUUCUUAAAAACAAAAACCUUCCCGUGAGUCACAUGAGCCACAUGGCCCGUCGCCGGCUACCUUUUCUUCCAAAGACAUACCGUUCAAACCACGAGCGUCAGCGGAUACGGGCAUGGCCGCUGCACUGCCCAUGCGUCUCUUUUGUUUUCUUUCUUUUUUUGGCUCUCACGUUCUCCGCGCUCUGAGGAUUUAGCUAAGCUGAAACCCGGGUACAAGUGUCUAGAUUGCGGUUCAGCAAGAAACGUCAUAGCAGAGCAGCAGUAGCCAACACUUCCGUGUACAACGUGAUGCUUGCCCUUCGGCGAUAGAUUGCGUUUGCGAAAACGAAAAUAGCAUUGCAUAUAUACAUAUAGAUCCGUCUGCCUAAUCCUGUAUAUAUCAAGAAUGCGCAGUCAUUUAUCAUGCCAAUUUUAAAAAAUUCUUCUGCUAAUAUACCGCGAUACACCACAUAAGAAAAAUGUGGAUGAGAAUGAGUCAUUAAAGGUCUAUCGUGAACUAGAUGUAUGGCGCCAGCACGCUACUGUUAAACAGCGCAACGCCGGCUUCCUUAAAACUUGAAGCGAAAGAGUGAUUUUAAUUGCCUACCUCAAACGCAAUCUCGUUUCAACGUUCCCUUUUUUACCUGCUCGUGAUAUCGUUCCUCUCUUUGUCAGCAGUUGGAGAUAGCGCGCAAAUUUCAUCACUGUUUCAUCACGGGCUGCCCAAACGCCCUGCCGCAGCGCACUGACGCGAACACCUCCAAAGGUGGCAAGUGACCACAUGAAUUCGACGCCUGUAUUCCAGUAAAGGGUUCCGCGCAGGGUUAAUAUUAUAAUUUUCUUUCGGCUACUUCGUUACGGUGCUACAACGAAUGCGGUAGGGGUUCAAUUAUGCCAAAGGCUGCAUAAGUUUAUGCUGCUACAAGUGACGCUGUGCGUAGAAAUGAAAGCGUGCUGCAUACUUGGGUGCUCUCAAGGUUAAACUAUUCUUACGGGGCAAGCGUGCCGUCUGUACACGGGUUUUAACGCGUGCGUAUUGGUCUUCUUUCUCAGAGCGCGGGAAAUGUGUGUUGCAGCCUUGUUCUUUUGCCUCGCUAGUUACGUGCAGUGCUGCGGAAGACAGUACCGCUCCAGGCGCAGAAGUCCCUAGUCCACAAAGCCGCACGACUGCGAGAUGUUCGACCCAAGUAGAGCGAACUAGUUGGCAUAUGGAAAUCGGCUGGGUACCCUUUUCAUGUCAAUUGCGAAAGAUGAAAGAAAAGAGAAAGGUAGCCAUUUUUAACCAGAACAACAACAAAAAAAUCUGGUUUGCUAUCCUACACUGAAGGGAGGGAGAGACGGAGGUAGGGAGAUAUAUAGAUAAGCAGAAAGUAACUAUUUUGGCAGUAUAUAGGCUAGAACGACGGAGUGAUGAAGAAAUUAAACCGGCAUUAUAUCUGCCGCCGGAGCGGUAACUAUACUUCCAAGCACUGGACGUCGCCGCCAUGGGCCGUACUCUCGGUUGACAGCUUUCGAUGAAAUGGAAGUGCGCGGUGAUUGGCUGCAUCCGGCAAAAGCGGAUGUGACGAAAAGAAUGAUACUGCAAGCGUGAGCGGUAUUCUCACGUCUCAACUGUUCACCGAGUGCAUUUGACAGGAUUGACCGUCGCUCCAGUGAUGUCGUGCCGUUGCUGGACCUUACGUCACUGGUCCAAAAGGGAAGUGCCCAUGAGUUAUCGACCGGGGACACGACCCCACACUUCUCGAUUCGACGUCCCGACGUCAUGUGUCGCAGCAUUGCACGAAACUAGCGAGACGGAGCGUCCGUAUUCCUUUGGAGUGACGCUCACCAUUAUGCGUCGCCAGGCUCAAGCCAAAGCAUGAGAGAGAGAGAGAGAAAACACACACACACAAAACAAACUUGGAGGUGCCAGGGUGCUUCAACGCAGAGAUGUUUUCGCUUCCCUUCUCAAGAGUGUGUGAAUCUCACCCGCCGGUUUCGGCAGUGGGCCACCGCGCGUGUGUGUGCGUGUGUGAGUGUGCGUGCUUUUUUUUUUUUUUGUCGCGUUGUUGCUGUUGUUCUGGUCUGUGGACAAAGUUCGCUCUUUGUACCUCAAGACCGCGUUGGCCUACAUAGAGAUUUUUAGGCAUUCGCUGGUGUAAAUUUGUUGCGCACCCUCCCCGUUCCCCCCCCCCCCCCCCUCCCUUUCCCAAGCUCCCGCUCUUUUUUCUGUCAACUUUUGUGACCAGAGUAUAGGCCUGAGCUUUCACGUUGGGCCUCUAGGGAGGAAGAAGAAAAAAAAAGUACACUCUAUAUUUCCUAAUAGAAAGCUUAUACUAUAUGUAUAGUGAAGUAUAAGAUUUACCGAGGAGCAUCUUCUAGAGGUGCGGGCGACUCCGGGUUGGAAAGGCGGGGAAGUGAAGAAGGUUCAAAAGAUAGACGUUCGAGAAGGGCCAAAGAUUGCGCGCGCUGUCUUGGCUUCUUGACGCUAGCUCAAGUACGUCCAUAACUUUCUUGUGCUCUAUGUCUGUCUGCUUUGACGUUCUGUUGACACUAAAAUCAGUCUAGAUGAAAGCACACUGCAUUGCGGAAGCCUGAAGUGGAGUCAGUUUGUGAGCAGCAUUGACCAAUUUCACAAAACUGUUUCGCGCCAAAAGAAAGCUGUAUUUCCUGAAGGAAUGAAAAGUGCACAAAAGCGCGCACUAGUACAAGCGAUGGAACGAAGAAAAGCAUCGAAGGAGCUUGCUUAGUCAUCGUGUCUGUAUUAUAGACCUUUUUCGCCAUCGCGGCAUCCCAAAAGUGGCGAUGACGAUGUUGUUGGUAAUGGUGUCUACACUCCUGUGGCGGUGAAGGUCCACAUUUUAGGUUUUUCUGACCUACAAGUUAGGAACUACCAUGCAGCAGUUAAAUCGGUGAAUGGAGCCUUUACAGUCUACAACGAGUCAUUCAAGCGUUGAAACAAUUCCGCUAUAAGUGUUGAGAAGCUGCCGCACUGGAAUGCGGAUAUCUUACGCUUAUAACGAUAAUGCCCCGAUAAUGGCCAGCAAUUUCAGCGUUUCCCUAAAAAUAUGUGCUUUUUCAAUUGGGCGCAGCGUUUUUCUACGCUUGCCGAUCAACAAGGAAUACCGUAAGAAAUGAUGCGUGUUCACAGUGAUGUGGCAUCAUAGAUGACAGAACAGUUAGAUGACGGUACAGUUAAGGAAAUCCGGUAAGCCCUGUGUUGACUAAGCAAGAAACUCAAAGUUACUUCAGUAGGAUGAGUGUCUGUGCAACCUUCACGUCAUAUUUUACUUACGAACAACCUUGCGAAUUAGCUGGUGCUUCCUCUAACUUCCACAAUGCUGCGUGUUUUUAACCAAGCAGGGUGUAUGACUUGGACUGUGGCUGUGCAAAAUGUGUAUGUCAGGGUCCUGAAACAUCCUACACGGGUCGGGCAGUGUCGGUAUAAUAACCCUCCCAAGAGUGGCGCUUGAACGUGGCAAUUGAAAGUUUGCAGGCAAAGGGGGUUUCAAGUCGCGAAACCUCGGUAAAGUGAAAACUCCAAUGUGCUCCUCUAUGUUUCAGGCUCCCUCACAAGAACAUACAGUGAGAUUACAGCGCGUGAUCGCAUAAUUUAUGUUAACCGACUGUUGCCCGGUGUUCUCUAUACAUAGGCGUAACUUCGCGCUUAAUUUCACCAUAGCGUACUCUGAGAUUUGUUACAGAAUCGUGACGAAAAAAGGAAUGUUGGGGAAAGUAGUUAGGGGUGGCAAAAGUGACAGUUUCUAACAUUACUUUUUGUUUGAGCGCUUGUACCUACUAAUGCGCAAUUUCAGAGUCUCUAGUUGUGCGUAGAAUUCUGCGCUACGAGCUUAUUAUGUUUGCGGUAUUACGGCUCUAAAGGAUAUAUCAAAGUUGCUAUUUUUCCCACACUCCUCACAAGCCCAGCUAGCUCCCACUUAGCUGUUAAAAUGUAUAUAAGAGGCAAGCUGCGCUCAAAUGAAUUAGCAAUGGCAUGCAGCUGCAAUAUAGAUUAUCGCACGAAUCCUUCAGGUUAUCCAUGCAAGACGAAGUGUUGCUUGGAACGCGGAGACAUUAAAAGGAAAUGCGUGAGAACAACGGUGGAGACACACUGUAUAGUCCGACACGAGCGAUUCGACUUUAGUACUUGUUUUCGUCUAAGCUUAGACGAAGACGAGUCCUCGCCAAAGCUAUUGCCAAAACGCUGACGCCGAAGUGACGUAAACUUUGGCAUUGGCUUCGUCCAGGCUGAAGUUAGAGAGAGCAACAGCGUAAGAGACAAGAAGAACGACAGGAAACGGACGAAGCGACUUCCGUUCUUCCUGACCCUUGCGCUGUUACUCUUUUUAAUUUCAACAUGUACCAACCUGCCCACAUCAACAUUCUCUUGCAGUUCGUCCUGGCUUUGAAGAGAAACUGUCUGUUUAUGCAUAGGCCUCGAAUGGACUUGUUUUUGUCUAGGCCUAGAACAGGUCUUGCGUUCGUGUAAGCCCAGACGUUCUUGCAUGAAGACACACCUCCGUUCCCAAACGCCAGGGCGUGUAUUAGGCCACGAAGAGGGCUUGUCUUCGUCUAUGCUUAGAACAGGACUUGACUUCGUUACAGACUGAAACGAAGACAAGCCUUGCUCUCGAAACGUUGACCUCGAAUUCAGACUUCCCCUAAGCAUUGCCUUCGUGCAGACAGCAUAGUAAAAUAUAUGUCUGUGUAUGCCUAGGCCUAGAAGAGGGCUUGUGUUCAGAUAAGCCUAGACGUCCUCCUAUAAAGACAAGCCUUCUUGCUCAAGUGCAAAAAGCUUGUAUUAGCCCAUGCCUCGAAGAGGGCUUGUUUUCGUUUAAGUUUAGAACAGUACUUGACUUCAUGUAGACUAACAGGCUUAAACGAAGGCAACUCUAGUGGAAUUGUCGACACCGAAUUGAGACCUCACCCAGUGUUUCUCUUCGUCCAGGCCUUGAGAAUGGCUUGUCUUCGCCUAAUCCUCGAAGACAGCUUGUUUCUAUCUAUGGGCCCAGAAGAGUGCUUGUCUUCGCGUAAGCCUGCACUCGUGUAGGCCUCGAUGAAGACAACGCAUCUCGCCGAAACGUUGUCGCCUGACUGAGGUGUCUCCCCACAAUUGCUCUCGCACAUUUCCUGAAUCUUCAGGCUGUUUGACAAAAGUCACGUUGUUGUUUAGGCCUCGAUAGUGUUGACGCCGCCGACUGAAUGCGUGUUGUACGAGUACCCCGCCUGCUAUUCUUGCUUAUUCCGGUGAUUCUGUAUUUCUCGUUGACGUUAGGCUGGUGGAUAUACCGAAGUCUUUUGUACGCGUUGAGUCGUGGCCUCUCUUGCUAGACAGCUGUGACCGGUGAAGGACGCCGACCCUAAUAGAUAAUUAAAUGAACGAACUCGGUCCGUGGCAACUUCCCAUCUUACGCGACUCCUCGUCGAUGUUUCCUUCCCGACUUGCCGAACGACAUGCGCUCGCCUAGUUCGUUGAAUUAAAAAAAAAAAAAAAAAAAGCGUGACAGGACGUUAGCACGGCUCAUGUUGUGUUUUAGUACAAGACGAAGUACGUGUACAUUAUUAUUAAGAGUCUUUUUUAUAUAGAGUAAAUGUCGAAAUAAAUAAGAAACCUGUAUAUUCGCGUGGUUGGAGGGACGGUGCAAUUGCGGCGCCGGCUUUUUCUUCCUCUUACAACGUUGACUGUCUGUCGUGCGCCCCCCGUACUGUGAACACCUUGGGAACCGUCGCGAAUGUUGGUUGAGUGCUCGUGGUUUUUUGAACAUGCCAGGCUAGGUGAGGAUGCCAUUGAGAGAUAUAGACGCUUGUUAGUUCACGCCGACGGAAUCAGCUUUGUUUUGGCAAUUAGGAUUUGAUUUAGUUAAACAUAUGAAUUCGUGGCAUGCGCGAAGCCUCCAUGUAACGGAUGUGGCCCUUGGUUAGCGAGCCUUUUCUGACGUCAGAGGAACUGUGAUUGAACGGCGCGCGAUUACUGACCAAUCACGGCAGGGAACGAAAAGUUAAGGAAACAAUAAGAAGGCCAUAGGACGAGGAAUACUAUUAAGAAAGCAUAAGAAGGCGUCGAGAAAGUUUGCUGUUAGGCUAAUUGGUAACACAUGAUGCUAGGCAUCAUGUACCAAGUUGUUGAGGUGGUCGGAAAGAUUUAUUUAUCAAACGGUUUGCGAAUAUUGCAUUAGUCCGAUAAGGUGGCCGAAUCUUCGUAGGUGUGAUCUUUCAAACGUGCUUGGCCUGCCCUCAUAACUAAUUGGUCGAUUGGAUGAUAGCUGUAUUGCAGAAAAAUCACCUAAAGCUGCCGUAACUGUCAUUUUUAAAGGCGUAUCGUGCUCGAACUUGCCUAAAGGGGACGUAAGACAGGCUGCAUCAGGAAUAAAAUAAAGAAGUAGAAAAAGAAAUGACAGUAAAAAGUAGGCUGCGCUUAAUUUGAACGGCAGCGUAACGUAACAGCGGGGAGCCCUGGCUCAUAAGAGGACCCAAACGCCUGCACGCGCUUCCAUUACGUGCAAAGAAAAAAAUAAAAAUAAAUAAAGUGUUGUUGUAUUGCCGCUUCGUAUUGAACUUUGACAGACGUGACGUCAUCGCAAACUUGUGAGACGUUCGUUACGGCUCACAACGUCGGUUUAAUUAAAGAAACGAGUGAAUCCUCCGGAGAGGGCCAGUUGGGCCAGGAGUAUUUCAGUACCAUUCAGGGAGAGUGGUCAUCAGCAUUUCGCGGUUUAGCCUGUUUGAUCGCUCUGCCCCUAUGGGAGUGUAGGUGGAGUCAAUGUAUGACCAGCGUUAAGCCAACGUUGUCCAAUGUAGGACCAAAUGUGAUCCAAUGUAGUGGUUACACUGAGAGUACACUGCGAGGGUACAGUCUCCCAUUAGCUGCAUGACGGGGGAAUAUUUUCACCCCUUUGCCAGAUGCGCCUCUUCCUUUUUUUUUAAUACUUCGAUGAAAUCAUAUAAGCGUGUUACUGUGCCGUACGUUGGGCCGGAACCGGUGCCGUUCAUAUCUCGCAAGUUUUGCGGUCGGGUUUUUCUUUGCAAUUUGUUGACAUGCUGUUACGAGCGCUUCCAACCUUGACAUGACUUGACACAAGAACUGAAGAAACGGCUUCCAGUGCACGUCACGCUUACUACUGACAAGAAGGUCACGCUGCCAGCUUUUAUCUUUCUGUUCUUGAGGGGGCUAAGUGUACGAAGUGUUCUGCGCGAUUACUUUCCAGACCAAAGAUUAUUACUUGAGCGCCAACGUUGUUGGACGCCGGUGCUCCUUUUCAGGAAACUUGUAAAUCUUUGUGUAAAACGCUAUGUGUACCGCGCCUUGUUUUACAAAGACUGUGUCUGUCAUGUGCCAGAAGAUGUUUGCCCGCAGAAAGAAACUGUCUGUGAGUUCGAAGGCGAGUUUCUUUUUUUCUUCUUUUUUUUUUGAAAAACGAUUUUUUCUUGUAUAUUUAGAGUGAAGACACCAGAGAGUGACCUGGUAUAGCUUCUUCCGAUUCCUUUGUGGCGAUGUGGUUGUAGAUGCGCAAGCGAUGGCUUUGGAACAUGUUGUUGUCUGUUUGACUAAAGUUUUGUCUGUUAUUUC